AUGUUUGUGCUUCGUGAACCCUUGAAGCUGCAGAGUCUGUAUGAAACCUUGGAAAAGAGCUUGCCUGAGUCCACUAAGGUAUACGGUGCCAUUUACAACAUUAAAAAUAAAAAUCCAUUCAACUUGGAGGUGCUGGUGGAUGCUUGGCCAGAUUAUCAGACAGUCAUUACACGGCCUCAGAAAGAGGAGAUGAAGGAUGAUCUGGAUUAUUAUACCAACACUUACCACAUCUUCACCAAAGCUCCUGAGAAGUUAGAGGAAGUCCUGGCAUGCCCCCUGGUUAUCAAUUGGGAACAAGCCUUCCAGAUCCAAGGUUGCCAAGAGAGUGUGGGUGAGGCCAUAAGAAAGAUUUCAGCUUCAAAAUCAGUGCAAGUAGAUUACAAGAGAACCAUGCUCUUUAUGAGUGUAAAUGAAAAGAAGCUCAAGAAAUCAAUUGAUGACAAGAUAGAUUUGAUGAAGUUACCUAAAAUGUCUAAAGAGGAUGAAGAUAGAAAGAAAGAAAACUUUAGGACUAUCUUCUUGGAUGCCUCAUAUGCGGGGCUUGUGAAUGAGCACUGGGACUUUGGAAAAAAUGAGAGGAGCUUGAAAUAUGUUGAACGCUGUCUCCAGAAUUUUCCAGGAUUUGGUGUGUGGGGUCCAGAGGAGUGUCCAGUCUCUUGGGUUGUGAUGGAACAGUCCUGUGAGUUGAGAAUGGGUUACACUGUUCCCAAAUACAGAGGCCAAGGCAACAUGUGGCAAAUUGCUUACCACUUUAUAUCAUAUCUUAUUUCAAAAAACAUGCCAUUUUAUUUACAUGUGGCAGAAGAGAAAGAAGAAAUUCAAAAGCUAAUGAGAACUGUUGGGUGUAAGGAGAGUCUUUGUGGCUGGCAUCAGUGGAUAUGCACCCCUAAAAAAUAUUGUUGA